AUGGCCACAUCUGUUUAUGCGAAUAAGAUUCAUGAAUCUGGCAUUACUUCUUCUGGAAUCCACCCAAAACAGUUGCAUGAAGUAAAGUCACUUUCGGAAUACCUCGAGCCUUUGAUGGAAUUCAUGGCGUCUCCGGCAUUAAUGGAGGAAAAGGUGGUCCUUGUCGGCCAUAGCAAUGGAGGUCUCUGCAUAUCUGUUGCCAUGGAAAAGUUUCCUGAGAGAGUCUCCGUUGCAGUGUAUGCCACCGCCGUUAUGCCAGGUCCCGACUUGAGUAUCUUGACGCUAGGCGAAGAGGAUUUGACGCUUGCAAUGUCGUUGGUGAGACCUAUUCGUCUCUACGGGGAUACUGCAACAUUGCAAAAAGAAGCAAAUCUGAGCAGGGAGAAAUACGGGCAAGUUCCUAGAGUUUACAUCAUUUGUGAAGAAGACAAUGUGAUGAAGGUGGAUUUCCAAAGGUGGAUGAUUGAGAACAAUCCAGCACCGGAGGUGAAGGUAAUUGCCGGUUCCGAUCACAUGGUGAUGUUCUCGCAACCGAAGGAGCUGUGCUCCUGCCUCCUUGAAAUUGCAGAGAAAUAUCCUUAAAACUUGCCACUUGCAGCUACCUAGCUUGGGAUAUAUGUUUCGUGGCACAAAUAAAUUAUGACCCGAUGGUAAUAUCCCGUACGUGUGUCUUGAGUACUACAAUAUGAUGGCAUGCACAUUAUUUGAAUUAAUUAAGAUCUAGUAGGCAAUUAACAAUUUGAUUUGUAAUA